ACAAGGCUCGUUUUGAUUGUAUUGCGAGUGGUAUAUACAUCAGAUUUUGAAGCUGCAUUGAGCUUGUUUUCGAGGUUGAAAAUGGGCAGUUCUAGGGUUAUUGGUGCUGCAUUCUUGGUUUUGCUCCUUGUGGAGUUAGCCUUUGCUGCUAGGUCAUUGACGACCGUAGGAAAAGGAGGUGGUGGUGCUGGAGGAGGAGGAAGUGGUGGAGGUGGAGGUGGAGGUGGAGGUGGUGCCAAUGGUUUAGGGUCUGGUUCUGGAUAUGGUUCAGGGUAUGGUUCUGGAAGUGGCUCCGGAUAUGGUUCAGGAGCUUAUGGUAGCGGAGGAGGUGGAGGUGGUGGUGGCGGGGGCGGUGGUGGUGGUGAAGGUGGCUCAGGAUCAGGCAACGGGUCGGGAUCCGGGUCAGGGUAUGGGUCUGGCAGUGGGAUAGGUGGCGGUGGAGGUGGUGGUGGUGGUAGAGGAGGUGGUGGUGGUGGAGGUGGAGGCAAUGGAAGUGGAGGUGGGUCAGGCUACGGAUCCGGAUCCGGGUAUGGAAGUGGGUCUGGUUAUGGAAGUGGGUCUGGUAAAGGUGGAGGUGGUGGAGGAGGUGGAGGUAGUGGAGGGGGCGGAGGUGGAGGAGGUGGUUCUGGACACGGUUCAGGCUAUGGAAGUGGCUCAGGCUAUGGUUCAGGAUAUGGCAGUGGUGGAGACGAUCAUUUCUCACCAUAGAUUAAGGAUGAAUUCAACUUAGGUAGCCAUAUAUUAAAAUCUUUGUCAUUUGGAAAAUAAAAAAGCAAUGUCUACCAUCACUGCAUGCAUUUGCAUGGGGUGGAGUACGUUGCAUAUAUAAAUAAAUAUAUAAUAUUAUAAAUGUUUUUAAGUCUGUUGUAAGGGUAAAUAUGACACCAAUAUAUUCUGUGUCAUAUGGUAUGGUUAUCGUAUUAUCAGUAUC